GUGAGGUCCCAAGCGCAACAACUUCGGAAGUCCUCGAAUUUUAAUUAAAUAUAUGUAAAAUGUCUUUCAAAUUCCGUGUCUGUAUAAAUUCAGCUUUAAUUGUCGUUUAGUGUUUUCUAUUUAGGAUAAGUCAAAAACUGUGCAAACAACCCGGAUUAAGGAAGAUGGCGGAUCGCUAGCGUUUAGCAGAAUAUAGAUCCGUGUUGAAUUAUUUGAAUUUCUGUUUUUCAUUUAAUCAUUUCCGAGGUAAUGAUAUCGAGGACAUUUUAACGUAGAGUUUGGUACGUGACAGUUUGUCGUGUAAGGAAACGCGAAAAUCGAUAAUCCGUCAGCGAUGUCCACUGGCUUCUAGAUAGAGGAAAAUGCCUUGGUGUCUGCUGGAGUCGGAACACUGCUGAUGUUGGAGGAAUAAACUGACUUCCAUCGACAUGACUACAGAAACGGCGACGCCGAAUCAGGCGGACGCCAGCACAGCAUUUCUGCGAGCUGCUCGUGCUGGACAAAUCGAGAAGAUUAUCAACCUUCUAGAACAAGGUGUAGACAUCAAUGUCAGUAAUGCUAAUGGUUUGAAUGCUAUCCAUUUAGCAUCCAAGGAUGGGCACGUUGAGGUCGUCUGUGAACUGCUGCAACGUGGUGCAGCAAUCGAUGCUGCUACCAAGAAAGGCAACACUGCUCUGCAUAUUGCUUCGCUUGCUGGUCAAGAGGCAGUUGUCAAGUUGCUCGUUCAGAAUGGAGCUCAAGUCAACAUACAAUCCCAAAAUGGUUUUACACCAUUGUAUAUGGCGGCGCAGGAAAACCACGAUGGAGUGGUUAAAUUCUUGCUCGCUAAUGGCGCCAACCAAAGCUUGGCCACUGAGGACGGCUUCACCCCCCUGGCUGUUGCGAUGCAGCAGGGUCAUGAGAAGGUGGUAGCUGUACUCCUCGAGGCUGACACGCGUGGUCGAGUUCGUCUGCCAGCGCUACAUAUAGCUGCUAAGAAAGACGAUGUCAAGGCUGCAAAUUUAUUACUCGAGAAUGAACAUAAUCCAGACGUGACAUCUAAAUCCGGAUUCACCCCCCUCCACAUUGCCGCUCAUUAUGGCAAUGAGUCCGUUGCCCGGCUGCUUUUGGCUAAAGGUGCUGACGUCAAUUGCGCCGCCAAACACAACAUCUGUCCACUCCACGUGGCCGCUAAAUGGGGAAAAGACAAUAUGGUAUCUCUGCUCUGCGACAAUGGCGCUAAUGUGGAAGCAAGGACCCGUGAUGGCCUGACACCAUUACACUGCGCGGCUAGGUCAGGUCAUGAGAGAGUCGUUGAAGCCUUGUUAGAUAGAGGUGCUCCCAUAACUAGCAAGAGUAAGAAUGGUCUAGCGCCACUGCAUAUGGCUGCCCAGGGUGACCAUUCUGAAGCCGCUCGCGUGUUGCUUUCUCGACGGGCACCUGUAGAUGACGUCACAGUGGAUUAUCUCACCGCCCUGCAUGUCGCUGCUCAUUGUGGGCAUGCGAAAGUCGCUAAGCUGCUUCUGGAUAGGAAUGCCGAUGCAAACGCACGGGCUCUGAAUGGUUUUACACCUCUGCACAUUGCUUGCAAAAAGAAUAGGAUUAAGGUUGUGGAACUUCUCUUAAAAUAUGGAGCGAGUAUCCAAGCAACAACUGAAUCAGGCCUAACUCCUCUUCACGUCGCAUCUUUCAUGGGCUGCAUGAAUAUUGUAAUCUACCUUCUUCAGCAUGAAGCUAACCCUGACGUUCCAACAGUUAGGGGAGAGACACCUUUGCAUUUAGCUGCCAGGGCUAAUCAGACGGACAUAAUUCGCAUCCUGUUGCGCAACGGGGCGGCAGUAGAAGCGAAAGCACGUGAGAGACAGACCCCACUUCAUAUUGCAUCUCGUCUUGGCAACGUGGAUAUUGCUGUGCUCUUGCUGCAGCAUGGAGCGGACGUCAGAGCCAUGACUGCUGAUCAUUACAACGCAUUGCACAUUGCUGCUAAACAGCAUAACCAUGACGUGGCAGCCGCGUUGAUUGAACACAACGCUCCCUUAACUGCUACCACCAAAAAAGGAUUCACGGCAUUACAUCUUGCUGCCAAAUACGGUAACCUGAAGGUAGCGAAUCUUCUGCUUGCUCACGGGGCUUCCCCGGAUCAGGCGGGCAAGAACGGCAUGACACCAUUGCACGUGGCAGCGCAGUAUGACCAACAGGCUGUUGCUAAUACGCUACUAGAGAAGGGAGCAGAUGCUAAGGCGGUAGCUAAGAAUGGACAUACACCACUUCAUAUCGCGUCUCGUAAGAACCAGAUGGAAACAGCAGCGACUUUGCUCGAAUAUGGAGCACUUACCAAUGCCGAGUCUAAGGCGGGCUUUACACCUUUACAUCUUGCUGCUCAACAGGGACACACGGAGAUGUGCUCCUUGUUGUUGGAGCACGGAGCGGAUGCUGGUCAGCAGUCUAAGAAUGGACUCGCAGCGCUUCAUCUAGCUGCACAAGAAGAUCGAGUGCCUGUUGCACAACUUUUGCUUAAGAACGGCGCUGAGGUGGAUAUAUGCACUAAGGGCGGUUACACACCAUUGCACAUAGCGAGUCAUUAUGGGCAAGCCAACAUGGUGCGAUAUCUGCUUGAGAAUGGCGCGUCUGUCAAAGCGGAGACUACCCAUGGAUAUACUGCCCUACACCACGCUGCUCAACAAGGCCACAUUAAUAUCGUCAACAUUUUGCUGGAGCAUAAAGCUGACGCAAAUGCUAUUACUACGAAUGGUCAAACUCCUCUCGACAUAGCGUCUAAGCUCGGCUACGUCACAGUAAUGGAGACCCUUAAGGAAGUUUCUGAACCCUCAAUAGCUCCCGCAUCUCAGGACAAGUAUAAAGUGGUCGCCCCAGAAACCAUGCUGGAAACUUUUAUGUCAGAUUCAGAAGAGGAAGGAGGGGAAGAUACGAUCCUCAACGACCAGCCGUAUCGAUAUCUUACCGCAGACGACAUGAAAUCUCUAGGUGAUGAUUCUUUGCCAAUAGACGUCACCAAGGACGAACGUACAGAGUCCGCUAUGAGUCACAAAAAUAUUAUGGAGAUAUCCCAAGGAUCAGUCAAUGGUAUGCCCUACCAAACCCAAGAAGUGGUCGUGAAGAGUGUGAGUCGCUACAGCGCAGCUCCUGAAGGCUACUGCUAUAAUGUGGAUCCCACCCUACCCAAGAAAAAAUUACAAUGGAAAAAUUUCCUGGUUUCAUUCCUGGUAGACGCACGUGGAGGUGCGCUCCGCGGCUGCCGUGGUGGUGGAGUGAGAGUCAUCGUCCCGCCUUUAUCUGCUCAACAGCCAACUAGAAUCACUUGCCGAUAUUUAAAACCAUCUCGGAUCAACCAUAUGCCACCUCUGAUGGAGGGAGAGGCACUUGCUUCAAGAGUUUUGGAAAUGGGUCCGGUAUCAGCAAAGUUUUUAGGGCCAGUAAUCCUAGAAGUACCCCACUACGCAUCGCUCCGUGGUAAAGAACGUGAAAUCGUGAUUCUCCGUUCAGACAAUGGAACCAGUUGGCGUGAACACAACGCCGAUGCUACUGAUGAUGUAGUCCAGGAUAUACUGCAUGAGACACUUGAGAUUGAAGAAACUAAUGAAGAUGAAAAGUGCUGGGACGCUCCAAGGGUUACUCGCAUCCUAACACACGACUUCCCUCAAUACUUCGCGGUCAUCUCCCGCAUCAGACAGGAGGUGCAUGCCAUAGGACCUGAAGGUGGCAUGGUAUCCAGUUCAGUUGUGCCUCAAGUACAAGCAGUGUUCCCACAGGGAGCUUUGACCAAGAAGAUUAAAGUAGGCCUUCAGGCCCAAAUAAUAGACUCGGAAUUGACUGCAAAGCUAUUAGGUCGUGGAGUAGCUGUUUCACCUGUAGUUACCGUAGAGCCAAGACGGCGAAAAUUCCAUAAGGCCAUAACCCUCAGCAUGCCAGCCCCUAGACCACACACCCAAGGAAUGACCAAUCAAUACAGCACAUCAUCAGCGCCAACCUUGAGACUUCUUUGUUCAAUAUCAGGUGGAACCAACAGGGCGCAUUGGGAAGAUGUGACUGAAAAUACUCCGUUGACAUUCGUAAAUGAUUGUGUUUCUUUCACAACAACGGUCUCUGCACGUUAUUGGCUCAUUGAUUGUCGACAUGUGGAAGACGCCACCAAAAUGGCUACUGAAUUAUAUCGGGAAGCAAUCCACGUUCCGUUUAUGUCACGAUUUGUUGUUUACGCGAAACGAACUGAUGAAUGUCAAGCGCAGCUUCGCAUGUUCUGUGUCACUGAUGAUAAAGAAGACAAAGCCUUGGAGCGAAUUGAAAGAUUCAUCCAAGUUGCUAAGAGUCGUGACGUAGAGGUACAUGAAGGUAAACCGGUCUAUCUAGAAUUUGGAGGCAACUUAGUUCCUGUGGCUAAAUCAGGCGAACAACUUUCAAUACCGUUUCGAGCUUUCCGUGAAAACCGUGUCGCUUUCCCGGUUAUGAUUAAGACUCAAGAUCUGGAACCCAUCUGCAGAUGUCAGUUUAUGAGAGAUCCAAAAGUACCAAAAGGGGAACCAUCACCAACACCUAUCGCUAUUCUGAAUAUCAUGGUACCGGAUGAUUUGCCAGUGGAAAGAAUCUCACCAGUACCAAUGGACAUGAUGCCGCGCCGCACAGAAGAACAAGAACUUAUAUGGCGGCAGAGGCUUCGAGAUCCUAGACUCGAAGAUAUUUGUAACCUGUUAGGCAAAGACUGGGUGGCUUUGGCGUACGAACUCGGUGUGAGUGUUGCAACUGUUAAUCAAAUACAAGCGAAAAGGAUAACCGCGGCCGAACAGGCCCAGCUUAUGCUUAAACUUUGGAAGACUCAAUCAGGAACCAAAGCACAUGAUAAUUCAAUAGAACUUGCGCUUUGUCGUAUUGGAAGAGACGAUAUAAUUGCACCGCAAUCUGUUAUAAAUGAAAGACGUAUUCAAAGGAAUAUUUAUCAAGAAAGACAAGCUUCUGAGGAAAUAGAAGCCUAUAAAGCUGAAGAAGACAAUAAACUAAAAGAGAGUACAUAUGACGAUAGUGAGAUCGCAGAACACUCACGCACAGAGGACUUAGAUCAGGAUGAAGCCAAGUAUUCUCCUGAAGAAAAAUCAAUACUAGAUAAAAGCGAAAUGGACAGAACACCAACGCCUAGCGAAGAGAGCGAGGAAGAUGAAGAUGUCAAGCGUAGUGUGGCUGAAAGAAAGGAGCAGAUAACAAAGAAACUCAGCUCCAGUAAAAUCCCAGCUUCUAAACAGAAAAAGGAAUUACGGGAGGAGAUAAUUGAAAUAAAAACUCAAAUCAAGCCUGAUAUAAAGAAGUUUCAAGAUAUUGAACAACAGGUUAAGGCCGAGCCUAGAAAGGAACAUAUAAAACAGAAACAAAUAGUUCAUGCUGAUACUGAGAGGGAAACAGAAAUUCACAGGGAACAAGUUAUAAAAGAAAAAACAGAAGAGGUGAAAACAGAAAGAACGGAUCAAUUUAGGAAAUAUGAUCCAUCAUCACCAGCUAAACCAACACCUAAGCAUUUACAGCGGCAUAUGCGUAAUGAAUCUAUGAGAUUCCCCUCGGGUGACUUCUCAAAUGUCACAAUAACACCAAGAAAAUCCAUUACUGUUGAAACCGAAACUAAACAACUACUGAAAUUAAUAGAAACAUUCACAAAAGAAACCAUUUCUCAAAAGGAAAUCGACAACGCUAGAGUAGAAGAAAAAUUAGAUGAUGGGGAAAGUUCUCCAGGGCUUGUGUUUGGAAGCCAAAAAGAUAUAGCCGAAGCCACUUUAAAAGACAAAAUAAAUGCCUAUGAAACUAAAAUAUUACGUGAGCCUACAAUUGAUACAACAAAACCUGUCAAACUUACUAAAGAAGCUUUAAGGAGACAUACCCAAGAACAAGACCAAGGUAUUGAAUAUACGCAAGCUUUUGUCAGAGAGCAAUCAAAGCAAAUAGAAAAUCAAAAAAUUAUUGUAGAUACUGAAGCAAAUAUUGAUACUGCAAAGUCAGUCAAAGAAACCAUACAACAUUUCGAUUCUAAGACCAAGUACGAGGAUAAAACUAAAAUAUUCCCCAAAACAAUGAGAACAGAUUCAACAUUAGUGCAAGUUUCAUCUGAGGAAGAUAGUGAAUUUUUGAAAAAAUCAACGGACUCAGAAACAGAAACUGAGUCACAAACAACUAUUAAAAUUGAAAAAGAUAAGAAAUCGAAAUUCGAACAGAGUAAACAAAUAUUCGUAAAAACUGAUUUUCAUGAUACUAUUGUAUCAAAAACUACGUUAAAGAAAGAUGACAAAAAGCAACCUGACAAAAAACAAAAAGACGACGAUUCUAUAAGUAUAAUGGAACCUAAAAUAGGAGAACAAUUACAAGAAGAAUUGAAAUUCAAGGUCAGCCAGGAAGAACUUACAGAGGUUACAGAAGGAAAAGACGUAAUACUGGAAGAGAAAAUAAAAGAAAAGGCUGAAUCGCAACCAUCAAUAACCAGCACAAAGUCUGAUUUAAGUAAACAAGCUAAGACUGACUCAUUAGUCUCAGAAACACAAGAAACAGGCCAAAAGUUAUCUCAAGAAUCCACCUUACCAUCUACAAUUGAUAAAACUGACUCACUGGCUGAUUUACAACAGAGUACUGAAAAAGACGUCAGUUUUGUAUCUCAAACGGAAUCAAAGAUGUAUUCCAAAGAAUCUAAGCAUAGGAGUGAUUCUUUGGAUGAAACCUCACAAUUUUCUGAUCUAGACGAUCAAAUGGGUAUGAGCCCGGCACAUAAACCUUUAUCUGAAAAGCCUAUUAUUGAAGAAGUUUACCAAGUUGAAGAUGCAACUUUAAGAAUCGCCAAAGAUGAAACUAUUAAAUUUUUAAACUUUGAAACUGAAUAUAGUAAGCAAGGACAUUCAUCUGCUGCAGCAAAUAAGGAAGAUGAAAAGAUAUCUCCAGUUAUAAGUGCAAAAGCGAGGCAAUUUAUAGAAACUGUUCCAGAAGAUGAUUCAGUACAGGAAUGUUUCUUUUCAAAGCGAAUUUACUCUGAUUCGUUAGAAGAAUCUGAUCAUACCGAUUCUAGGCGACAUUCGGAGGCAGACUCUUUAAAGUCAGAUCAAUCUGACAUAAAAGCAAAAAUAUCUUCUUCCGAUUUUGAUGAACGAGCGGAAUAUGAAGAGACUGUAGAUUCUGGUAGUGCAUUUGGGGACGAAAAGUUUGAAGAAUCUAUUGGUUUUACGACUUUAAAGAUAGAUCCAAAGAUUUUGGAGUCUACUCAUCAAGAUUCGGGAGAUUCUGGUUCACCUCAAACUGAAGAAUCGGAUAUAGUUUUCAAAAAAAUGACACCAAAACGUCAUUCGCGAACUGAAUCUGUGUCUAUAACAAAACUUAGUGAUUUAUCAGAACUAAUACCUUCAACUAAACAGGAAUUUCAUGUGAUUGUCACUGAAGCAGAAGAAACAGAUAGGUUAUCCGACAAAGACGAAGUAUCGGAUAAAAUAUCAUCCGAAAGCAGUAGAGAAAUAGAAAUAUCUGCGAAGUCAUCUGAAGGAAUUUCUGACAGAAUAAGUUCCGAAGAUGCCGUCACAGAUAAAAAAACUUCUUCAGAAGAAGAACAUGUAGCAAAAGAGGAAAAAUUGGAGAAAUCUCUUAUAGACGAUACUAUAGGUAUUGACAAAAUAGUGAAAGAAACAGAAAAAGUUGAAAUAGCUAAAGUAAAAGGAGAACCUUUAGGAAAAGAUGAUAUAGCUAAACGUCAAUCGGUAACAUCAGUUGGAUCAGGAUCUGUGAGCGAAUUACGAUUAGACGAGAAGCGACUCUCUGACGCUCAUAGUAUAACUGAAUCAAGAGAUUACACAUUUGAAGAAUCUGAAGAUGAUAUUGGAACUCAAGGCACACAUGUUGAUAUUCAUCGCGAAAGAGUUGAAAGUAGUCAAGAUAGAGAUACGAAAGCUAAAUCUCCAGCUAAAACUGAGACGUCUAAAAUAGCAAAAUUAAGUCACGGGGACUCAUUGGAUGAUGUAGAAGGUUUUCCAGAAGAUCACGUUAUGGAUUAUGUACCAAAAUUGCCACAUAUUGCGGAAGUGAGCUCAAUCCCGGAUAAAAAAAUUACAAGCCAAUUUUUAAUGCGCGAACGUGAAGAGCAAUUAAAACGUGAACUCCUUGUUCAAGCUAAAAAAGAAGACGGAAUUGAUACAACAGUUGAAACUCAAUCAGAGGAAAAGGAAUUGCCAACUUACAAAAGUGAUGUUAGUCAAAUUUCUGACUAUAACCGUCUUGAAAAAGCACACGAAGAUCCAGAUCCAGGAAAAUGUGCCUCAAGUACGGAUACAGAAAUGAAAAAAAUAUCAGUUCGAUCUGAAGAAAUGAUGAUAUCGGAUGUUGGCACAUUAGAUGACAAAGUCUCAUCGACUACAGAAAAUAAAAUAGGUGAUUCUGGUGAAAAAAUAAAUAUUACAACUAUGAUUGAAAUCAAAGAAGGGACCUCGGGAGAUAAAAUAAUUAAAACAACAAUCACUGAAACUACAACUUACCCGUCUGGAGAAGAACAUGUUUCUGUUAAGGUAUCAGAACGGGUGGAAUCUUUAGCUGAACAAUUAAUUCCUUCAGAAAAAUCCGCAGAAAUCGAAAAAGAAACUAAAUAUGCUAAAAUGAUACAAGAAGAACAAAAUAUAAUACAGGACGCAGUUGUUACCACAGAUAAUAAAACUAUUUCUUCCCAAACUGAAACAGUCAUAGGGGAAACAGGUGAAAAAAUUUCAACAACAACUGUAGUCGAACAAACAAUAACACCAUCAGGUGAAGAAAUCACAAAAACGACUGUGACUGAAACCACAAUUUAUCCAACAGGAGAAGAAAAAACAACAACAAAGGUUUCGGAAUCUAGUCGUUUUUUAGAAAAACGUAUUAUUAAAGACGAUAAAAUAAUUGAGACAGAACAUAAACCAUUAACAGAGAAAUCUGAAGAAGACGUAAUUACGAAAACCUUUACAGAAUCUUUAAAGACAUCAGACGUUAAAAAUCUUCUUGAACAGCCUUCAUGUGAGGAUAUAGUUUUAACAACAACGUCAGAAAGUGAUAAAUUAGAAACAGACAAACAUUACCCAUACGUGGAACCGGAAUCUACUUUGGAAGAUCGACUACAUAUGAUGCUUUUAAAAUCUGAUGAGUCAGAAUAUGAAGAAAACAAAACAUCAUCCACCGAUAUUCAAACUGAGACUGGACCUAAUGGAGAAGAAAUAAAGAGAACUGUCAUAACUGAGACCAUAAAAUGUCAUUCGGGUGAGGAAAGGGUUAGAACCACUAUUACCGAAGUAACCAAAAAUGCAUCUGGAGAAGAAACGAUAUCAACUAAAGUAUCAGAAUCAGUGAAAUGUACUCAACACACGGAACAAUUUGAAGAACCGAAAAUAUCAAAGUCAGAUGAAGAAGGAGAUGAAAAGACCGAGUUAUCCACCACGGAAUCUGAAACAGAAAUAGGACCAAACGGUGAGGAAAUAAAAAGAACUAUAUUAACUGAAAAAAAGAAAUACCCAUCGGGUGAAGAACGAAUAAAAACUACUAUUACAGAAAAAACUAAAUAUCCAUCUGGGGAGGAAACUGUAUCUGUUAGAGUAUCAGAAUCAGUGAAAUCUAUUCAACAUACUGAAAAACUAAUUACAGCAUUACCAGAACAAGAAGUACAAACAAAAUUAGAUGAAUUAGAAGAUAAAACAGCGAAAUCAUCCUCCACAGAAACCUCAACAGAAGUAGGACCAAAUGGUGAGGAAAUAAAAAGAACUAUUGUGACUGAGGUGACGCAGUGUCCUUCAGGCGAUGAAAGUGUUAAGACGACCACAACAGAAGUUACGAAAUAUCCAUCUGGAGAGGAAACAGUGUCAACCAGAGUAUCAGAAUCGAUCAAAUCAAUUCAACAUACUGAAAAACUAAUUACAGCAUUACCAGAACAAGAAGUACAAGCAAAAAUAGAUGAAUUAGAAGAUAAAACAGCGAAAUCAUCCACCACAGAAACCUCAACAGAAGUAGGACCAAAUGGUGAGGAAAUAAAAAGAACUAUUGUGACUGAGGUGACGCAGUGUCCUUCAGGCGAUGAAAGCGUUAAGACGACCACAACUGAAGUUACGAAAUAUCCAUCUGGAGAGGAAACAGUGUCAACCAGAGUAUCAGAAUCGAUCAAAUCAAUUCAACAUACUGAAAAACUAAUUACAGCAUUACCAGAACAAGAAGUACAAACAAAAAUAGAUGAAUUAGAAGAUAAAACAGCGAAAUCAUCCUCCACAGAAACCUCAACAGAAGUAGGGCCAAAUGGUGAGGAAAUAAAAAGAACUAUUGUGACUGAGGUGACGCAGUGUCCUUCAGGCGAUGAAAGCGUUAAGACGACCACAACUGAAGUUACGAAAUAUCCAUCUGGAGAGGAGACAGUGUCAACCAGAGUAUCAGAAUCGAUCAAAUCAAUUCAACAUACUGAAAAACUAAUUAACAGCAUUACCAGAACAAGAAGUACAAACAAAAAUAGAUGUUACAAAAUAUCCAUCUGGAGAGGAACAGUGUCAACCAGAGUAUCAGAAUCGAUCAAAUCAAUUCAGCAACAAACCAUUAUAUCACACGAAACAGACAAAUCCGUGGUGGAUAAAAUUAAACACAAGUCUGUUGUUUUUCAAUCAGACAUGAGCGAGGAAAAGUUUGGUGAAUCGGAUAUAAAACCAGAGCAAAAACAAGAAGUCUCAAUACCAGUAUUGAAGAGUUCAAUAACUGUUGGAGCAGCUGAGGACAAAGACGAAACAUUUAUAGUUCCAGAUUCGUCAACUUUAAUUGAAGAGUCAACCGAAUCUAAAAUAACAACACCAAAGUUUGAUAUUAGCAAAAUAAGAACUGACACGCUAAGCCAAUUUGAUUUAGAUAUUGACAGUAAGAAAACGAUUCCUAAGGAUUUAAAACUAGAGGACACCAAAGAACUAACAAAUCACGUUACGAGUGUAAUCGAUGAUAUACUACAAAAAGGAACAAUUGUCGCAGCAGCAAAAAGUCCAAUACAUGAAAAAGAUGUCAAAAUUAUUAGUAAAGAAAUACUGGAAACUGAGAGGAGAUUGUAUGACACAAGAGUACCACAAAAAGAGGAAAGAAGACAUUCGUGUAUAAGUCCUGCUAUUUCAUUAGAAAGAAUCGCUGAAUCUGAAAUAGAAAUGGAAGAAGAAGUCUCGAAAAUAGAAAUUGAUACCAUAUCAUCACCAGCGACAUCACAAAAGAAAGAAUCUCAAACAGAAAUGAAAAAAUCUGACUCAGCCAUGAAGCAAAUGGCCGAUAAUAUUGAAAUAAUUAUUAAACAAGCCUCAGAAGACUUAGAUGCUUCGUCUGAAGAAGCAGUCUUUGAAGAAGGAAAACCGCAAGACCUCCAGGGUGAGGUUUCUGUGGAUUCAAUAAUAGAAGAAGCACUUCAUACUGUUGAAGAUUAUUUAGUACAAUCCAAGGUUGUGGAAGAUGCUCAUAUGGAGAAAAAGAAAGAUAGUACAGAAAUUUCUGAGGAUACAAAGGUAUCUAAAGAAAGACCCGCUUUUAUGAAAUCACUGUCAAGAGAUAGUGGUGAAGUGGCAAUUAUGCCCAAGAAAAAACAAUCUCGAACAUUUUCUGUUCAAAGUUCGCCGGAUGAAGUAGAGGAACAAAUUUACACAGAUUCCGAAUCAGAUAUGGACAAGGCAAAAGUAUUAGAAAUUAUUGAACCAACCUCUGAUAUUGAUGGAAAACUCCCGACCUCGAGUUUUGACAUUAAGAAAAUAAAAACGGAUUCACUUGACGACGCAGAUGAUUUUCCAGAAAAGGAGGUGGAGUAUUUUGAAGACGAAGGAAAAUUCCCUGGAGACUCAGAAUGCAUAAAAUUAAAAGAUACACAAUUUCAAGUGCAUUCUGGACCAAGCUCAACUGCUCAGCCGGGACUUGACGAUGACAGAUUUUCUGACACAUACGUUAAGAAGACUCACUUCGUAGAUAGUGUGCUACGGUCAGAAAUUGUAUCGAAAUCAACUACGGAAUCAUCUUUAACUACUGUAAUAUCCACUUUGACUAAGUCAUCGGAUGAUGAUCAGAAAUCGGUUCUCGAAGAUGGAACAUCAGCUGAUUUAUCAAAAAUAAGUGGAGCCGAUUUAGUAAAGGACCCUUCUAAAACGUCAAUGGACGCGAAAGAAGAAUCUAGAAUAGAAGACCAAACAGAUGACAUAUCAAAGAAGUCUAUUGACCUUACCAAAGACUACUCUAAAUCAUCUAUAGACAGUAAAGAUACUUCAAGAGAUUUUGCUACAAAUGAAUUAUCAAAAGAUUCAACCGUAGACUUGACUAAAGAUUUCUCUAAGGUUUCUAUAGAUAGCGUGAAAGAAACCUCAAGAUCACUGGAUGAGAAAACUUUUUCUGAAGAACAUUCUUCUUUUGACGUAUCGAAAACAUUGGCAUCUGAUGCAUCUGAUAUAAUAACUAAAGGCAAAGAAUUGAUAGAAGAAGAGAUAUCUAUAUUGAAAGCCAUUUCUUCAACAGCUAGCUUUACUCAGAAAUCAGUUAGUAAUGAAAGUAAAUUGUAUAGUGAACAUCCGAAACUAUCCGAAGCUACUGAACCUAAAAUUGAAACAGAUGCUGUAACUGAUACAGUAUCCAAGAGUGAAAGCGUAUUAAUUGAAAAUGAAGAGGAGAAAGGUCAUUCAAAGUACCUGAAAGAUGAAGAAUCUGAAGUGCCUGAUAUAAAAGAAUUAAAUAGAAGAUGUUCAAACUUACUUGAUGAUAUUUCGGCCCAAGGGGCCCUGAUAAGGAUUGAUUCGAGUCAUGUUAGUCAUGAUCUUUCGACAAAGUUUUCCAAGACCCCACCGCCGUCACCUGUUGAUUUAAUAAUGAAAGAAAAAGUUAAACGUGAAGAAACUAUACCGAUGGAUAAGAUAACCGGACUGCAACCAAAAGGUUCGGAUUCAUCAUUCCUUGACGCAAAUCGUCAAUCGCCGCGAGCGUCUUCUGCCGGAGACAGCCUUACCAGUGAAACCGAAGCCCACCAAAGUGAAAUCCUUACUGAAGCCUCUAAAGCACUUAGUGCAGCUGCUACACCUAAAUCGCCUACAAAACACAUCGCCGAGAAUAUAACAUUUGUUAAUGUCGAUAAGCCAACAAUCACUGUUGGUGCCCAAGAAUUAGUAGAUCGAACUAUAGAAAAAAGUAUUGAUGUUAUUGAUCAAAUAAAAAAAGAAAUGCACGAAGAUAAACAAGUAUCAUCUACAUCAGAUACAUUUUACUCACAGUCUAAGAUUGAAACAUCGACAUCUUCAUCGUCCAUUCAAAAGACAAUAGAAGGUUCUCAAUUAAAAUUUCAAAGUAUAGAUCCGGAAGCUGUCAUGUCUGAUAUGAUAGCUAAGUUUGGAGCUACAAGUGAGUAUAGUACUGUUUUAUCUCAUAAAGAAACCGAAACAAGAAAAAUAUCUGGACAGGAAUACUUUUCCGAGACAAAACAAGUGUCUUCCUCUGACGAUGACUCGCUUAUUAUAAAAACUGAAACAAGUCAUGAACUUCGGGGACAAGAACAUGAAAUGAAGGAAAAGACUACAGUUAGAAGGGACGGCGCAACUGAAACGUCCCAAAAGAAAAUGGAAAAGGCCCAUGAAGCAACUGCGAAGCGAUCAGAUAUUGAAACGAAAACUGUCUGUAAAAGUACUGACGACACAGAUAUUGUUAAAAUAGAGCGUGAGUUUUGUGAGCAGGGUCUUUACACUGGGAGGCAAACCAAAUCUGAGGAAAGAAUGACUGCUUUAAAAGAUGAAACAAUUAAGAAAAAACAAGAAGUUAAGAUAUCAGAACGAGAUUUAUCUCAUGAACAGUGGGGAAAGGAAUAUUUUACAGAACCUGCAGAAUUAGAGGAUAUAAAAGAUGAUUCUAAAGCUAGAGUUGCUUUUGUUGAUUCGAAUUUAAAAAUAGUAGAGAAAGAUGAAACGCUGUGCAGUGUGGAGGUGUCUGAAAAAGGACAAGUAAUCAGUUCAAAGGUAGAGCACCAUAAAGAAGAAUCUGUUAUUGAGAGUAAGGAACACGAUGAUCUUAGUUCUGAUGCUUCACAUGUGCCAAGUUUCAAGAGCGAAACCGUCGAAAGACAAGAUUCAUCUGAAGGAAGCCCAAAAAGUAAAUCUAGAUCAUUUAAAAAGGAUGACGAGGUGUAUGAAGUAGAUUUCAUUAAAGAAAUAAAAAUUUCGACGUCACCUGUUAAAAGUACCUUUAGUCGAACAGGAAGUCAAGAUACACAUUCCGAAUCUGAGGUCCUACCUGAACUACCUCAUGAUGAUAAAACUAGUGAAACGCCUAAAAAAGAUAAACCCUUUAAAUCUCCAGUCAAGUUACCACAAAACGAAAUGGAAAAUGUAAUACUUGAAGUAUCUAUACAAAAAGAUAGCGCCAAUAUCAGCGAUAAAAUUUCUAGUUCAAAGCCCUGCGAAAUAACAACUAUUGCAACAUCAAGUACAUUAACUAUGAGUAGUGAUACAGUCAUAGAUAUAAAAGACAUAUUAGACGCUAAAGCUGAGUGUAGCUUAAAAACUUUUAAAAUAGAUACUUCGCCCAGUACUCAAGAAAUUACUGACGACCUAAGCACAAUCUCUAAGGAUGCUAUGAUUAAAUCUGGUGAAAGUAUUGAUACUGAAUAUAUGGUUAAGUCUUUAGAAUCUCAUGAAGGUGAAGGUUUACAAAAAUCCAUGGAUUCUACAGUUAGCGCCGAAACAUUACAUCCCUCUGAAUUCUCAAAUGAAGCUGACUCAGCAUUUAUAACAGGAUCAGAUCAGAAAGAAGGAUUAAAAUUAUUAAAAGAAAAAAGUACUGAAGACAUCUGUAGUAGUGGUUAUGAUACUGAUUUCUCCUCUGCCGAGUUUCACGGGAUGAAACUUGAGACGGAAAGGGGCACUGAUUCUUUAAUGUCUGCUCAACCUCUUGCUGACUUAUCUGUUUUAGAAAAAACAAUCGACGAAGUUAAGCAGUCUCUUGAAGCAGCGCAAGGUGAAAUAAUAAGUGAAAAAAGUGACGGCAGUAUAAAAUAUAAGCAAUCACCAUCUGAGUUUCAAUUUAAAAUUUUGUUAAGUCCUGAUAGACCAGAAGCAAUUAAAGAGGAACCCACCAUUGCCGAAAGCAAUGUUGGCAAAAAUGCCGUUACUGAUGAAACCAAACAAAGUGUAAUAGAUAUUGAGACUGAGAGCAUUUCUCAAAAUAUGUAUUCCCAGGAAGAAACCUCGAUUUCCGAUGAAGAAAAAGCAACAGUUCAGCUUAAAGAAUCUAGUCCACCACUAGAAGCCGAAAUAUCUAUGAGAUCGGAUAGCGGUCCUCAUUCAAUAUUAGAAACUGAAAGCGAUUAUGUUCUUUCUGAUAGGAAUGACUCUUCGAAAGGAAGUCCUGAAGUAAAGCUGAGAGUUCAAAAGCAUAUAAAGUCCCAAUUAGGCGUCGCUGAAAGAAGAUCUACAUCAGAAAUUGAGGGUUGGUCAAGCUCAGGCGAAAGUCACUAUCACAGUUUUGAGCAUUCUGAAAGUAGACCAUUAUCAUCGGACGUAGAAGUAAUGAUGACCGCACAAAGUGGGACUGAUUAUGAUACUGCUUUGACAAGUCAAGACAUAUCUUCUCAAUCUUUAAGAACCUCAAAGGAUUAUUUUACUGCUGGCAGUUCACUUGCAUCGAGAGAUAGUAUGAGAAGUCUCGAUUCGGACGCGUCCAGUCAUGUAGCUAGUAUUGAUAUAUCUGAUGCAUCUGAAACACUUGUUCCUUCAGCGAACGAGUUAAAAGAAGAAUUAAUGGAGAGUAGUACAUACGUCGAACAGUUUCUCCAUGCGCAAGAAAAAGGAGAAACAAUAAAAACAAAAGAAUCAAGCGAUGACGAAAUAUCUGGUGAUGAAGAAUAUAAAUCUGACGCAAUAGGUCCCGUCGGAAAAAUGAAGAGGUCACAUGAAAUGCGAUUUCAACCAAAAGAUAUGAUACCAGAACAUUUUCCACAUGACGGAACAUCAGAAAGUAUUGAGUUCGAUGAUGAUUCUCUUAAAGAUAAAGAAGGUUCAGAUACAACUAUAUCAAGUCAAUUGAAAACUGACGAACCGUUAUCGUCUUCAAUUUCUAAAGUAGAGAUUUCUUCAUCUCAAAUAGAUUCAGACCAAGAAGAAAUUAAAGAAAGUAUCACUAAAGCUUCUGUACAUCAUCAAGAAGCUUUACCGUUUUCAGUCACUAAAGUAGAAACAACUCAAAGACAAUUUGUUGAUGUAGAAAGUGAAAUCAUUCCUAUAGGCUCGGCAGAGUACGAACAGAUACAGACACAUGGAAAGAUAAUUACACCAAUAAAAACUUCAAAUGAUGAAAUAAUCGUGAAGACUGCAAUAAAAAUGGAUGAAAGUACGCCACAAAGACAAGUUAUAGAGUCAGAAACAGAGAUAAAAGAAGAGUUUGUUAAAAAAGAGUUCCAAGAGAUAGGUGCUGUUCCAUUUCCAAUAACUGAAAAACCACCAAGACAGAGAGAAUUUGUUGAUAUUGAGAGCGACAUAAUUCCCGAAGGCACAAAACAAUAUGAAGAGAUUCUUAAAUCAAAAAGUGAUUCUUCGGUACCCAAAACGAAGGUUGAAAAAUCUGGAAUAAUAUCGGAAGUUUACUUAGAAAGUAAACAAAGUUCUACAUCUAGCUUAAAAACUCAUGAACACCUAUCUACACCGCAAACCCCUUUGUCAGCCCCAAGUCAAAGUUCAUUGUCUACAGAUAAUGGAAGAGAAUAUGUUCUUGAUGAUAUGUACGAUAUAUCAGAGACCCCAGAAUUAAAAUCAGAUCUCCAUACCGUAAGUAGCAAAUCUGAACUUGUAGUUACUACUGAAGAAAGAACUUUGCAAACAUAUGAAAAAGAACAAGAAUCACCAACAAGUGAUGAAUUUGAAAUGGUUGACAAACCCAGUGAAAUGGACGAUUUUGUUGUAAUUGAAGAAGUUGCUAAAGAAGCCCAAGAAACAGAUCCCGAAGGAAAAAGUCUUCAAAUUAAGUCCCAGGUUUACGUGAAACGUCAUGAUACUGAAGUAGAAGAAUAUCUGUCAAAAACAUCAAAAAAACAAGAGAGCACUAGUAGUGCAUCUGGCUCAUAUUUAUCAGAUGAAGAAUUGCAACUCUAUGAGCUGGAACAAAAAAGAAUACAAGCCCAAGAAUUAGCUGAAAUUGAAGCAGGUAAACGAUGGAUACAGAUGCAAUUUGAGGGAGAUCCAAGAUAUGACUACGAAAGAAUUCCUUUGGAAGACAUUAAAGAAGAGGAAAUGACUGACUUCGACAAUAGUCGAAUUGGAAGCUUAAGUUCACAAAAAGAAUCGAUUGGGAGUUUUGGAAGUUUUAGAAACUCUUAUGGAAGUCUUUCAGAAUCUGAAAUGGCCUCGCGAAUGAGGUUUAGGUUGAAAGGUGAAAAUGAUGAUAUCUCAAUUAGUUCACUUCAAGAAUUUGAAAACUUAGAAAGAGCUUUGAUGGAACAGUAUAACCAGCAUUCAUCAUCUCAAGACUCUUUAAAUGGCUCUCUACCAAGACGAUAUAUAUUAAGUAGAAGUCAAGGUGAUGACAUAUCUGUGUCGAGUUUAAAAGAAUUUGAAGGGUUAGAAACAGCUUGCCUUGAAGCAUUAAAAGCGGAAUUAAUUGCGAAACAAAAAGAAGCUUUGUUAUUAGCAGAUCCAAAGGUUGUAAGUGGUAGUUUCUUGGAACAAGAGAAACGUUCAUAUGAUAGCAGCAGUGAAAGUAGUCCCCCACUAAAAAGUAGUGGUAGUCCAGGUCAAAAAAGCGGUAGUCCGUCACAAAAAGGCGGUAGUCCAUCUCAAAAGGUUGGAAGCUAUGGCAGCCCAUCUCAAAGACUUCUAGCUGAUUCUGCAGCAAUCCGUAAACUAAUAGAUCAACAAUUAGCAUUAGAGCAAAGAAUGCAAGAAUCGCGACCAAAAGUAGUAGUUGUGAAAAAGACUGAUGAAAAAGGCUCAUUUUUUGUACCAGAACCCAUACCAGGAACAUCAGCAGAUAAAGUAUGUGAAGUAGAAGAAGAAUGUAAGAAAGUAUCAACUUUUACCUGCGCUGCAGCUCCGAGUGAUGGUUCCGCUGAAUCUAUUCCUGGAGAUUGUGAAGAAAUGAUGAAAAUUUUGGAUCAAGAGGAGAAAUCUAAAGCACAGAUAAAUCAAGAAGAAACUCAACAGUUGGAGGGUGGAGUUAUCGAGAUUGUUAGAACAACGACUGUUAUUCAGCAGAAAUUUGUUGAUGGCAAAAAAGUAUCUGAAACUAUUAAAAGUUUAGAUACUGAAGGCGGCAUAGACAUUCCGAGUAGACCAAAACAUAUCGAUGAUAAUGCUAUGUCGUUUAGCUCUGAAAUGUCUUCUUCUUUAGCUUCGCAGCCAUCAGAAAUGGACAGUUUAAUGACAAUAAUUGAGAGGUAUCCUUCGGAAACGGAAAUCGUCACAUAUACUAAACAUACCAUAACCACUUCGGAAAAACACGAGGACAAACAAGAAGAUUUCGAUUUCUCUAGAGAAGGAAGUGCAGUGCGUGAGCUAUCGCCCUCCUCUGGGAGGUCGGUAGCUCAUAGCACUGUUUCAGGAAAACAUUUUACAGAUCCAGCGAGCGGUUCAUGGAGCGGUCAAGACGAAGAGUUAAGUUCCUCCGGAAGUUUUAGUCGAGCUCGGGCAGACCUCAUGUUAGGUAGCACAGAUAGUCUAGAAGCCACUAGCUCCAAUGCAACAAGAGCAACAUAUAAUUACGAAGUCGAUACGCCUAUGACUGGAAGUCUUACAUCUGGAGCGCGCCCUCCAGGCUCAAACACCAUGGUUUCCUCACUCGACACCCUAGACCCGGUGACUGCUGUUCAGAUGGAGAGUUUAGAACACCAAUCAACAAGUGAACACUAUUCUCAAGAUUAUGAGGUCCACGAACCUAAUUCUGAUACCGAAAGACUGGAGCUAGAUGGUCGUAUCCCACAGGCUAAGGAGCGCACUAUCAUGUUUGAUAGCACGGACACUCUUAGUGCUGUAAGCGGUGAUGGGUCAGUUAGAGAAGCAGCUGUCGAAGCGCCAGCCCCGACCUUCUAUAUUGGAGACACACCAAUUCUCAAAGGGGAGAAAAAGGAAGACCAAGAAGAUAGUCAAACAACACUCUCAGGAAGCUGCCCGGCAGCACUGCCUCCAGCUGCCCAAUCAUCCCCCCCUGUUCCAGCCCAGAGAAGAUCUCUUUCUAUGAUUCCAAAACCGACGUCUAGUUCUAGCAAAACGAAGAAAUAAAUUCUCUUUAUAAUAAUGCAUUUUUUUACUACUCUCGGCUUAGGCUUAGCAAAUGCACACUAUUUGCUAUAGCAAAACAAUUUUAAAGAAUAAUAUAUACAGUUAUUACUUGAAACGUGACGAUUCUGGAAAUUUACGUAAACCAUAAAAAUAAUAAGACAAUACUCGUACAUAAAACAUAAUAUGAAGGAUUUUAAAAUUUUUCUUUCCCGGAUCUAACUUAUAAUCUAUCCGGCGAAAUAGUUUCUAUGUAUUUUCGUAUAAUUGUACCGUCGUAUAUUCGACAUCGGUCCAUAUUACUCGACCCGUUGACCUCCAUAGAUAGCUUGGCUUUAUAGUCUCGAAACUAACCGCUUACACGAUGUUAACAAUGUAGAAAUAUCAAAUAAUGUUAAGAUUUACAUUUAGUAGACAUUUCUGAUACUAACAGUUUUGAUAUUGUUAUAUUAGAAUCAUAAAGAUCGGUUAAUUCUCGCUGUGAAGAAAAAUGUUGGCUCGUCUUUUUUUAUAGGACAACAUAAAAUUGGUUUAGAUAUUGCACAACUUCUGAUUAAAUUAGAUAGGUAGGUACGAAAUAUAUUAUAUAUUGGUUUCCGCUAUCAACGUCACCGACGGACGGCAUAAAAUCAAUCUAAAUUAAUACCAUUUAAAUAAAGAUAUUUUUAAAACGAAACUUCAUUAAAAACAAACAUAAUAAUUUUGUAUGCGUUCAACAUUGUUUAGAUAAUACUAAGUUAGUCGAUUUGAUCGUGAAUAUACUACGUACGGCAACGCUUGCUCACAUCAAGUUUUACAGAUAUGUGUAAAUGUGUGUAUAAAGAUUGGAAUCGUGUGAAAUGUAAUAAAAAAAGGUUUGAGACUGAAGCACUUAAGACCUAGGAUUGUUAGAAUUACAAGCUUGAACACUCGCUGGCGUUAGGGCCGAUGUAACUUCGCUUCGUUAUCUUCUAUAAUCAAGAAGCAAACGCUAGGAUAAAAAAAAAAUAGUUAAAAUUGUUUAAGAAAUAUGUGUGCUUGAUUAUAAUGUUACAUAAUUUUAAAUGAAUCAUCGCUGUAUUAAGUUUUAAGAUCUAUUUAGUUGCUAUUGUUUCCUUGUAUUAAUUAUUAAUGCUAAAAUAUUCUAUCGAUAAACAAAAUAUUAUUGAUUAUUGAAUAAAAACGCUAUGUCUCAUAUUUAA